AGCUGUCAGUCGUGUUUGGUUACGAGACAGAGUGCGCGUUCAGUUUGCGCAUUUGAUGUGCGCUUGAUAUGUGACCACAAGAUCCUGUGUUUUCAUCCUCACCUAAAAUAUCAGCAGUUUGCAAUGACACGCGAAGGACUUCACGGUCGUCCGGAUGACGAGUUUCAAUCGUCAUCCGGGAAUGUUUCCGAUGACGACGAAAUUGUACUAAGAAGGAACAGAGUGAAAGAUAUGAUAGUUCGUUUUGAAAAAACAUCUUUAAGUAACAGUUAUCGUGGUUCUAGUGAAUCCUUGGAGAGACCCAAAGAUACAUUGAGUUUACCGAGUGUUAUUAGCCCGAUACAAGCUCAUUUCCAGCAUUUGUAUCCCGUAACUAAAUCUCAAGAUAGGAAUUCAAACGUAUCAGUGAAUUCUUUGCUAUCUAACAUAUCGGAAAAUGGAUACGAUUCGAGUUCAUCUGGUUUCGUUUCUGAUAUGAAGUCAGGCAGAACAAGUUUACAGCCUCACAGACCUGCCCCACCGCCACCUGAACCUUUCAAUGACAAUUCUUCAACAGAAAGCAAAUCUCCUGCGCCGGAUGAGAUAAGUGUGACGGAAAGAAGGUAUUCCUAUGUAACACCCAACACAUCACCUCUUGCAAAACGACGUUCGCGUCCACCGCCUGUUAUGCGAAGAAAAUCAUCGGCAAUUGGCCAAACAAACCAAGGUUUGUUUGGCCUCCAAGGUGGCGAAACGCUUUGGACGUACGGUGUUAGCCAGACUACAUUAGAAAAGUUACUAAGACUCAAAAGAUCAGAACCUUCUGACAACGAGGAGGAAGUAAAAAGUGAUAGUGGUGACAAUUCAGACGAAGGUAGUAGUAGUAGUAGUGAUAGUGAAAAAUCGAAUACUGGUGCGGAAUAUGUUGUAAAUAGAGAAGACGAUGCAACGGAUAAUUUAUCGACGGACCAUUCCACUGAUACGUUAAUAAAUGAAGAUGACGAGAUGCAGGACAAUGUUUCAAUUAAUUCAGACGAUUCUAGUGAAAAUAGUGCAAGUAAUAUGGACAAUGUUGACAAUAUUAGUAUUAAAUCUAUAUCGUCAUUAGACAUGGUGCCCUACCAAAAGUACGAUAGCAUAACAAUAUCAUCAGACGAGUUCGGUUCGGAAGUGUGCCACGCACCCUCAACUGAGUUCUUAACAGUGAGUGCAGUGAACGAAUGGUGCAUUUCGCAAUCGAGGGAGCGGGUAGUCAUUCCAGUGGAAUCUGAAAAACAAAAAUAUCGAAGACGAUUAACGGAACGUGUCAACGAAUUGUUACACACGGAGAACGUGUACGUGGACCGAUUGAGGCAUGUUGUUGAGAAUUACAUGCCGGAAUUAGGUCUGAAGGGGAAUGACACUCAAAUGCCGCCGUUACUGGUGCAGUUAAAGGCAGCUAUCUUCGCCAAUAUUGAAGAGGUGUACAGGUUUCAUUCCGAAGAGUUCCUGCCGGCAUUGAGAGACUGUGAAAAUGAUCUUAGGAAAUUAGGACAAUGUUUCAGAAGAUUCGAGCAAAAGUUUAAUAUGUACGUGAUGUACUCUAGGAAAAACAAGAAAGCAACAAAACUAGUUCAUGAAUAUAAGACCUUCUUUCAGAGACGACAAUUUGAAAUGAAUGAUCGAUUAGACUUAUCAAGUUAUCUGUUAGAACCAAUACAAAGGCUUCCUCGCUACAAAUUAUUUUUAGUGGAUCUAGUUAAAACCUAUGCACAGUAUGAAAAUGAAAGAUGUGAUUCAGACUCAAGGGCAUCUGAUUUGAGCGUCGACAGUGACGAGACCGGUGGCAGUAAUGGCGAGUGUUCCGAUAAUGAAGAAACGCCAUUGCAAAGUUUAAAGCAAGCAAAAACAGUGAUCGAAAGGAUCUUGACGGCGAUCGAGGAAAUUAUGGCGUUGGAGAAUAUUCAAAACUGUCCGCCUGAUCUGAACCUGUUGCAACAAGGACGGUUGUUGCGACAAAAUGAAUUUUAUGCGAUGGAUGUCGUCCGACGGAGAAGACAACUCAUGAGGAUAUUCUUAUUUGAUAAGCUGGUGCUGAUCACUGUAGUCUUUAGGAAGAGUCCAAGAGUAGAAUGCUUUAUUUACAAAGAUCACAUACCAGUAGAUGAUUUGGGCAUUACGGCAAAAGUUGAAGAUCACUUCAAAUUUUCUAUAUGGUACAAGAAGAGAAACCUCAAGUCCUACAAGUUGGAAACUAGUGACACUGCAGUGAGAACCGCGUGGGUAGAUGAUAUCACUACCUUACUUUGGGAGCAGGCUAUGGAGAAGAAAGAACUAAUACUGGAGCAGCGUAAGAAACGGAUUUCGAUGAAUAGGCAGGCCUCGGACGAGAGUGACAGCAGAAACGACGAUAAAUAUAAUUCACUUCGUGGAGUACCAGGCGAGGUUGGUAAUAAUAUUGAGAAGAAAGUACGAAGAACCACGUGGUAUUAUGAAUGAGCAUAUAAAAAUAACAUUUUUUGCAUUUAAAUUUUCAUUUCAAAUUAUUAGUUUAUUAUAACGACAAAGAAAUAAUCCCAAGUGGAAAGGAUUUUUAAAUUACAAUAAGUAUUAAUUUUUAUUUUCUCUACAAACUUAAAUAAUAUGCAUAGAUAUAAAAAAUAAUAUUGUUAACAAUACUUAUUUAAGAUUGUGUGAGAUUACAGACUGAAUUGGUCAAGAAUCCUAUUAAAACGAACCGUGGGAUUAAAUAUAAUUCUAUUUAUUAUAAUAUUACCAAAGACAAGUUAAAUUGAUAACAAAGAAUGAGGUAUUCAACAUUAUUAAACAAUGUUUAACAAUUAAAUUGUAUAUAGGUACGUAAUUAUUGUGUAUUAGUGAUAAAUAUAUUGAAAGAAGAACAAACUGACAAAACCUAACUGGUUAUAUAUCUAAGAGGUUGCCAAGGUAUUGUAAUAAAUUUUUACGAUAUGUUGAAACAAAGUUAACACAUAUGUUAUAUGAAAAUGUAUUUAAUUUUGUACUCAUAUAGAAAAUUCAGUCAUUAAUUUUGUUGAUUCCAACAUGUUAUUUAUUGUUUAGAUUCCUGUAAAUAAUUAUACUUAAAUGUUAUUCUAGACUAUAAGUUAUUGAUAUAAAUUGUGGUAAACAAUAUCA